UGUUAUGUUUGCGUAUGAUGUAAUGCGCUUUAAAAUUUCGUGAUGAACGAAAAGAUUUAUUGACAACUUAUCAUCAUAACAGAAAUCAGUAUUUGACAGCUUCUAGAGGGAAUUCAGAGAUGGCGUGGCAUGUAACAAUUCGUUGUAAACAUUUUAAAUAAUGUGACUUGUUUUACUCAUAGUUCGUACGUUUUAUUUAACUUUGACUGUUUUCAUUUCAGAGCGAAAGUUAAGGAAAAUUCUGCAUAGAACCAUUUUGGCGAAGGGGUAAUUUUAGCUUUUUUCGGGGAAUUGAAUUAAAAUGGAUUUUUAGUUUUAGUUCUAGUUUUAGUAAUAUGACAUUUUAGUUUUAAUUUUAGUAACCCUGUAAUUUUAUCUUUAAUUCUGAUUCUGCAUGGUUACUAUUUUUAUAUGAUAUUUCGUACAAUUGCUAUUCUAGCUUUAGUUUGUCGUCAAUUUAACAGUUCUGAUUUUAGUUAAUAUGGCACGUGAAUAGAUCUAGUUUUCAUUCAGCUCCCAUAUGUUAUGUUUUUUUUACUUCCCGAAGCUGGGAAGUAUUUUUUAUAUCAUAGCAUCCAUUAUGCGAAUGCCUAAUUUUCAUCUUCUUUCUCUACUUUUCGUAACUCCUAGGAUAAGAAGAGAUAAUAUCCGAAACUAUUAAACUGAUUCUGAAAUUUUAGAUGUAUAUGAUAUUAAAAACCCUGUAUAGACGGUAAAACGUAAACCAAAAUUUAUACAUGUAACCACCCUCAUCAAAAAUUAUAUGCACCAUCACAAAAUUUUGCCAAGUAAAUUCUCUCUAUUUUUAACUUGAUGCAUUAGGUUGAUGGGAAAAAAUAGACAAGAAAACUUUAUAAUUUAGUUUAAAAUCCACGAAACUGAUUGUUCUAAAAUUUUGCGCUAUCAUUAUCACGAACACGCCAAAAGUAUACAAGCUUAUAAACUUCUCUGGACACUCAUUUUUUAAACACUCGCUCCGCUGGUGAUUAAAUAAAUUCGUGACUGAAGAGGCGUUUGUAAAACGUGUUGCAUAAUACACCAUUGUUGAGAAACAAAUACGACUGGAUGAUAAAUACAGUCCUUGUAGGUAAUUUCUUUAACAAAAGUAUUAACUAUAAAUUAAUUAAAUCACUUAAUAAAAUCCUUUUUUAACUAUAUUGUAACAGUGUGUCAAUAUAAGUUAAAUAUCCAAACAAGUGAUGUUAAAACACCUCUUACUAAACUGUUUUCUUAAAUGAAAAAAUGUUCAUCCAACUUUUUAUACAUACAGUAUUAGCUUGUGUAAUGUAGUAUCUUUGGCAUAGUCCCACCUCUUGAUAGUUUUCGAACACAAAUUUUUUAUGUAGUUUCUAGUUUUGGUUGGUAAGCCAAUAAUUUGCAUCAGAAUAGACAUAUAAGUACAUAUUAUUUAACAAUAGGGUUGAGAGGUCUGGGUUCUCUAAGUGGAGAUUGAAAUUAUAGGAUGAAAGUUGAAGUCGGCGUCAGCUUUCAUCCAUAUAUCAUUUAAAGUCGUAGUCAAUCUUCACUAAAAAAUACGUGGUCUGUCAGACACGAACAGGAAUUUUAAAAUAUGCAAUUGUGGACGUUUUUAUUGAUUUAAGGGACCAAAUAUGAAAGUUAUGAAACAUCAUAAUUUUUAAAUUAAGUAAAGUCACAUGAUUUUUUUUGGUGCUGUAACGGGCGAUAAAUUUACUUAUUUUUGGAGAUGUUGGUAUGAAUCAGAACAAUCGUCAUUGUCGUAAAAAUCAAGGUUGUUCUUGUGAAACUUGGAUUUUAUGAUUUCACACCAUUCUAAUCAAGGUUUAUAAUUUCACAGUUAAAUAUUGGCGCCGUUUGGCUGGACACGAUGUCUUUGUCCAGUUUUAUAAUUUCAUGGUUUAAAUUUGUUAAUUUUAACAAAAAGCACAUUUUGCCACUAAAAAUCUUCAUAUUACAGUUAAUUAAGCCUAAUUUGGUGGAAACACAAAUACUUUUACGACUCCCCAAAUAAACUGGUAACUUGUAAACAAUUUUGCGAAAACAACUCCUUUGGAGGGGUCUUUACUUAUAAAAGAUCGAAGGAUCCAAAAAAGACCAGAGUCCUCUAGCCAGUUGCCUGUUUAGUGUGUGUUUGUGUUGUGACACAAAGGGGUAAGUGUUAAAAUCUCCAAAAAUGUGCACGAUUUCAUGAAAAGUUCAAAGUUUUGUUUUUAUUAAUAUUUUUAAAGUUCAAUUUAAUUUUGAUAAUAAAUCGCCCUUUGUAUUCUCGAUUGGAUAACGUUUUGAGAUUUAGAUCUAUUUUUAAAGAUUAAUUUGCAUUGAAAUUAUUAGUUAAACAGUUAUAUUGUUUGAUGAACGCUGACCACGCAACUACUAUAAUGUUCCUUACCAAAUUUUAGAGUUGUUACAAAUUUUUGAGUUGUUACCAAAUUUUUGAGUUGUUACAAAUGUUUGAGUUGUUACCAAAUUUUGAGUUAUGGUACCAAUUUUAAGUUUUGUUAUAUUUUGUUUUAGAUUUUUUUUAAAUAUUUGUUUUAUUAUGCUUUCAAAGAUUUAGUUUCAAAGUUAUAAAGUUUUCUUGAAUUUAUUUAAAAAUGUUUUAAUACUGAAGUUCAUUUUCUGAUAAUUAUAUUUGCAUAUUAAACUACACUACAAUUUAUUGUUAUACCAAAUUAUUCUCAUAUGACUAAAUCUCUUUUGUACAUACUCAUUUCUAAAUUAAAUAUAAUUAUUCAUUUAAGCAAAAUGCAUAUACUUGAAGUAGUCCCUUUGUCCAGUCACUAGAAUGUGUUACCAUCAUCACGAACCAGCCUACGAACAAAUAAAUAAUAUUUUCACUAUAUGUCGGGCACAAGGUCCACGACAAGAGUUUUACAGUUUUAUAUAUAAUAAAUUAACAAAAGUUAAUUUAAUGAAAAUCUCCCAAGCCCGUCACAUAUAGGAGAAAAUUUGGCGCAGUCGGUAGGAUAGGUUUUUGAACUGGAUGUAUAUGCUUUUGUUUGUUUGAGAAUUGUGCGUUCUAGAAAAAUUGAAAAAUUUAAUUUUUAAUAUUUUAUUCACUAAUUGUUGAGAAAUAAUGUUGUUUAGAAAGAGAAAAGAAAUGGUAAGGACUUUUGAGCGUUAUUUUCGAGAAUUUGUUUUUUGACUGGUAAUACUUGAGUACGGACCUGGCGCGAACGAUUUUAAGGACCAUAAUUAACCCAUUAGCCACACUCCAUUGUGACCGUGAAUGCGUGCGGGAUGUGUGGGAUGGCUUAGGAGGUCAGAUUGAACUAUUUUACGAUCGAGCGAAAAAUGCGUAAAGUUUACUUCCUAAAUACUUGCUUAUGUAGGAUUAUUGCAAUCGACGAAAAUACUGAGUUACGUAGAAAUUAAAAUUUUUAAGCUAGCAAAAUGUCAGUAUCAAAGAUACAGUUUAAAAAAGGGCGAUUGAAAAAUGUGAUGGAUAAGUGCAUUAUUUUCAUGAAAAAAAAUUUUUUUUUCAUUAAAUUUUAGAAAUGUUAUAAAAACAGUAAAAAUGGUGUUUAGUGACUAACUUAUUUUUGGAAAUUAUUAUUCAUUAAUUUAGGAAUUUAUUUCAGUAAAUGACAAGAUCAAUAAAUAGAAUAAUAAAUUUUAGUAGAUUGACAGAUCUAGUUAUAUCCGUAAAAAAAAAAGAGGCCAAAAUCGCAGUUAUUUUAUAAAUAUUCCAGGUGGUGAUUAUUUUUAAUUAAAACAAUUGAAAGAGGAUUGACAGGUGUUUAAGAUGAUUCCGUUGUUUCCAGUUUUUUUUUUAAGUACACACUGUAUUUAAAUUUGUGCAUUUUGGUAGUAGAAUGAAGAGUUAUUUUGUAAACACAGUAACCAUAAACAAUUUUUUUUUUUAAAGGAAAACAGUAUUACAAUUUUGCGCAAGAUAUAAAGCACAUCACGAGAUCAAGCACAUAUUAAGAGUAACUUGCACUUUUGUGGUAAAAUUGUUUGAAAAGGUGAUAUUUCCGUAUUAUUUAACACCCAGCUAUAAAACUUCGUACCCCGUAAUUUAAUUUGAAGCUAACGAAUCACGAGCGACGAAAAACAAAGAAAACGGAGAGAAACAUUAAAAUUUCAAAGUCUGUUCUGAAAUGUCCAUUUUUUUUUAUGAUGUAUUUGGUCUAAAUUAGCCGGAAAUCUAUUUUAACGAAAUUCAUUUAUGAGAACUAAAGUAUUAAAAAAAAAAAAGUAAACUAGUUAACUUCGUCUAACCCCAGAAUUGGUAAUAAAAAUAGGCAGAUCACCAUGACGAAGUCACAUAAAUUUCGUCAUGCUUCAUCUUAGAAUUAAAAUCUCACUUUCCUUUAACGUUCGGGAAUAAUUGUUCAAAAUUGAAUAGUACAUACAGACGCGUUAUUGAACCGUUUCGAUCAAGCACUAUUACCGGGUGAAGCUCUCCAAAAAUUCCGAAACUGCAGACAACGACAGGAUGAACCUGUACAAGAAUAUUCUGAGCGAUUACAAAUAAUUGCCGCUUCUACUUGGAAAAAAACCGGUGAUCAAAGAAAAGAUAGAAUUUUGGCUGAACGCAUUCAAGAAGAAUGCUUAUAUCAAUUUCUUAACGGACUAUUACUAAAUUUACAAGCAAAAGUUUAUGCAGGUGAUCCGAUUUCAUUUGAACAAGCAGUUAAAAUCGCCAUUAGAGAAUCACAGAUAGAAAGAUUGCUGAAAAAAAAUAACCGAAGUGAUAUGAUUCGUAAACUGGACAAUGAUCCAGAUGCUCGUGAAAAUUUAAAUAAAAAAUCUAACGCAGUUGGGACAUAUAAGGAAUUAAAAUCAAACGAUGAAAAAUUGAUUGCAAAUACUUAUUUUUCAACAAAUCAGAAAAAUAACGAGAAAAAUGAAAACACUGCAAGAAUGAAUCUGCGACAACCGUAUAAUAGAAAUUUAAAUCAGUAUCGACCAACUGGUUUUAGUUAUGGCUUUGCUGCGAAUAUUUGCAAAUAUUGUCACAAGGCAAGAGGACAUUACAUUACAUGCCCUAAUAUAGUUUGUUUUCAAUGUGGCCAAAGAGGUCACAUCAGGUCAAAUUGUGCAAAUCUGACUAAUUAUCGGCAGAAUUUUUGGACGACACAAAGACGACCAAAUAAUAAUAAUAACUCGAGGGUUGGAUUUUAUCAAGCUGAGAAACCUCCUGUAAAUAUCCGGAACACUCGUAAAAAUCCAUUCACUAAGCCAGUGUUGGUCGAGCGAGAAAAGGACAUCAGUCACACAUUAAAGCCAAGUAAUAUCAAUAACCAUAAAACUAUUUUUAAAAUUAAUUUAGGCUCCGAAAAUUUAAAUGCGUUUAUGAUUUUUACAGAAUGUGGGAAACAGUUGCAUGCAAUUAUAGAUACCGGAUCGGAAAUAUCACUUGUAAAAAGUCGAGUAAUUUGUGAAUUAAAUUUAAUAACAAAAGUAUUUAAAUCUGAUACUGAAUUAGUUGACGUACAAGGUAAUGCAAUAACUCAGUGUGGGUCGGUUGUAAUGGUCUUAACAGAUAAAAUUAAUUUAACAUUUAAUCAUAAGUUCAUUGUAGUCCAAGAUAAUAUUCGAUUUGGUGGUGAUAUACUAGUAGGUUUGGAUUUUAUGUCUAAACAUUCGGCAAGUAUUUGUUGGAAGCGUAAAAUUUUUAAACUUUAUGAUAUUUCAUUUACUCUGCUCACGGAAGAUGAGGUCAAGGUUGGAUAUUUAAAAUUAGAUUCUGAAAUUGAGAAACAAUGUCAAUGUUCAGAUUGUUUGUAUAAUAAUUCAAUAAGGAUCAAUAAUCGCUAUAAAAAAAUUAAAGACAUGAUAAAGAUGCCGUUAAGUGAACAAGAAGUUGGCCCAAUAAUGAAAUUAGAUGAAGAUCUGCUCCAGAUUAACAAUGUACCUGAAGGAAAAAUGUUAAGUUCCAACGUAAAUGUUUUUAAUUCUAGUGGCGAACACAUUUUGAGUCCAGUGAAGGACUUAGUGUUACCCGAGAAAGGGGUUGUUUGCUCAAGGGAGCUAGUGUUACCCGAGAAAGGGGUUGUUGGUUGCUCAGUAAAGGAGCUAGUGUUACCCGAGAAAGGGGUUGUUUGCUCAAGGGAGCUAGUGUUACCCGAGAAAGGGGUUGUUGGUUGCUCAGUAAAGGAGCUAGUGUUACCCGAGAAAGGGGUUGUUUGCUCAAGGGAGCUAGUGUUACCCGAUAAAGGGGUUGUUGGUUGCUCAGUAAAGGAGCUAGUGUUACCCGAGAAAGGGGUUGUUUGCUCAAGGGAGCUAGUGUUACCCGAUCAAGGGGUUGUUGGUUGCUCAGUAAAGGAGCUAGUGUUACCCGAGAAAGGGGUUGUUGGUUGCUCAGUAAAGGAGCUAGUGUUACCCGAGAAAGGGGUUGUUGGUUGCUCAGUAAAGGAGCUAGUGUUACCCGAGAAAGGGGUUGUAGGCUCAAUGAAGCCAGAGUUACCCGUGCAAUGGGAAGGUGAUGUUAUUAAUGAUGUUGUUAAACUGCAGUUAUUUAGUUCUAAGGAGCAGAAGUGGCGCGAUAGUUCUGUGUCCUCGAGGACUGAAAAAAAGUUUUAGGUCAGUAAAGGAAACUGACAGUUGUUUAAUACUUGACAGCAAGGUCAAGGAAAUUGAGAACUCGAGUGAGCAUGAUUGUUAUAGGUCAGUAACAAAAGAUGCCAUGAAGGCACAAUCUGCUAAAUGGUCUGGCCAACCGUGUCACCACUUUUUGUCAGAAAGACCGAGUAUAGGUGUCAAUAACUUGAAAACUAAUGAAAAGGUUAAAAAGAAGUUAUACAAAAAGGAGAUUGUAAAAGAAAAUAGACCCGACAUGAUCUUAGUCGCUGAGUUAGGAAUGGAUGAUAAAAUAAACAAAGGAUAUCCAUUAUAUUUAACAUCAAGAACAGUAAUCCCUCCUAACUGUCGCAAAUUAUGUCAGGCCUUAGUCACUUAUUGGGAUCCGUUAAAGUUAAUUAUCGUAGAACCCUUAUCACCAACUAUUGAGUCGUUAUUUUGGCUGGCAAGAAGUUGUAACAGAGCAGAAAAAGAGAUUGUGAUUUUAUUAGUGAAUGUGUUGCCACAUCCAAUAGAAUUAGAAAAAGGAACUAAAAUUGGAACUUAUUCAUUUAUAAGAAGAAUACAAGAGAAUAAAAAUGGAGAUGAUUUAAUAACAAAAGAAAUCUCUGAAGAAGAAAUUCAGGAAUUAUUGGAUAUUCUAAGGUACCCCAAGGAAGAUAAAGAAAUCGCAGAACCAUUGGAACAAUUGAUUAGAGAGUUUGUUGACAUAUUUAAAACACCAAGCCAACCUUUAAAAUGCACUAAUAAAGUUCAGCAUAGGAUUAUCACGGAAGAUGUUCCACCCAUCAGUAAACGUCCAUAUAGAGUACCUUAUCAUCGUCAUGAGAUCUUAGAUAAGGAAAUACAAACAUUGUUAGAUAAUAACAUAAUAGAAGAAAGUACUUCACCAUGGUCUUUUCCAGUCUUGCUAGUAGAAAAAAAAAGACAUCCAGGAGAAGAGCCUGAAUUCCGAUUGUGUAUUGAUUAUAGAGAACUUAAUAAGAUUACUAAACCUGAUUAUUUUCCGUUACCAGUCAUAACCGAAACAAUUGACCAACUUAGUGGAUCAAGCUUAUUUUCUGUAUUGGACUUAGCAAUGGGCUUCUUUCAAAUACCCUUAUAUACCAAAUUUACUGAAACAAAUGCAUAAAGCACUCACAGAAGCUGCUAAAAAUUUAGAAGGAUCCAUAAAUCAACGUUGCGAAAAAUACAAUAAAAAUGUAAUUACGAAAGAGUAUCAGCUAGGAGAUAAGGUAUGGCUAUAUACACCAUCUAUAAAAGGAAAGAAAUUAGCUACAAAAUUUGUACCAAAAUGGACUGGACCCUACAGAAUUGUUUUAAGAACUGGACCAGUAAAUUAUAGAAUCAUCGAAAUUGGUUCUGCUAAUGAACAAUUAGUUCAUGCAGCGCGAUUAAAACCUUGGAAAAUAAGAACAGCAGAAUCUGAUGACCAACUAGAGAAUGAAGAAACUGAAGAUAUUCAAUUAAAACUGGAUUAUUCUGAUGAAAGUGAUGAUCAAGAAGAACUUGAUUGGAUCGAAGGGCCAAUUGAUGUAAAUCAACUAUACGAAACUGCAAAUCCAAAUACACUAACGGUAUCCACAGAAAAUGGUGAAAAUCUAGAAUUAAAAGACCCGUUAUAUGUCUCAUUAGAUGACAUCGUUAUAAGCGACGAACAAAAUGUAAAAGUCAAACAAGAAAAUGAUAUUCAAAAAGAAAUAAGUUCUGCUGAAUCAGAAGCUUCUGAUAUGAGUUCAGACAGCUUAAACUCUGAAACAGAGGAGUUAAAUGAACCAACCUCAUCUAUCGUGCGUAGUCCACCGCGUCAUGCUUAUCAUACAAGGAGCAAAGGACAAGCUCCCGAGUAUCCGUGGGUAUUACAUAAACAUAUAUAAAGAAAGUUCUAAGUUAAACGUAUCAAAUACAGAUUUGGCAAGUUUAGAACUCUAUAAUUACUUUUAAUCCAAGAUAGUAGUUACGUGGUCUUAUUAUUUUUUAGGAACCAUCCAAAAACGAAGUGAUGAUACUGACUACAAAGAGGCGUAAAUAUAUAUAUCUUAUUACUGCAUAUCACGGAGAUUAAAACACUUGCCCCUGCUGGCAUAGUCUUACUUUUCAAUUAUUAAUCUUUUUUUAAAAGAGGACUCUCACUAACAAUAGAUAGUAGGAUUUUGAUUUUAGUAUAAGGCUUUUACUAACACACAUUGGGAAUGAGUGUUAUAGAUCGACAUAUUAUCGAGUGGGUAGAGUCAAGAGUCAACUCUUGAGCAUGGGAAUGAUGUUAUCCGAAGACCCACAUGCCAGCGAGCUUAAAGUCCGAAACAAAGAACUUAGCUGAAGGACCAUCAACUUUUAAGAAUUUUGAGAAUCGAUUGAGGUUACUGCAAAAUUAUCUCAAUCUGGACAGUUAAUGAAAAGGAGUCCUUGGUGACACGACUCGAUUGUGCUGGCAAACAUGAAAAUUGGAAUCCUCCCUCGAUCUGGUCGAAUCUACAUUCCCUAUGUGAAGACGCCUUUCCAUCUAUGUUUCAAGACGGAUAGAAGAAAGAUUAUAGUAGUUAGGAAUUUUAGAUACGGCAAAGGAUUUGGUUUGGUUUCCAAAGACUCAUUUUUCUACAAACCGAACAGCCUUUUGGGAAUUUUAUUCUACAGCUUG